CCCUCGAGCGCAGUCGCCCAGCUACACCUUCAACAAACGCGUCACCCGUCGAACAGCACCUCUCGCCAACCGGGUUGGGCAACGCUAGACGUGCUGACUAGCUUUGUACGCGCUUGCCCCACGUCUGCCAUGGAGGACCAACUAGUCCAGCUGCUUUCAGCAACCCAAACCGCCCAGGAGGACACCCGCAAACAGGCUGAACAGCAGCUGCUCUCGUUCUAUGGCCACCAGGAGCUCCCGCUGGGCCUCAUCGGCAUCGCCUGCCACGAGAGCGUGCCCCUCAAUAUCCGGCAGGCCGCCCUGCUGUCCCUGAAGAAUCUGGUCUUGGCGGGAUGGAGUGAUAGCCUCGAGGGGUGGAAAGGCCAGGUCUUGAUCACAGACGAAAACAAGGCCAUACUGCGACAGCAGCUGCUCGCACUCGCCACCUCGGACCACAUUGACCGCAAGCUCAAGGCCGCCGCCGGCCUCGUUGUGAGCAAGAUUGCCGCCGCCGACUACCCCAUCGAAUGGCCCGAACUGCUCGACACGCUCCUCAACCUGAUACCCAAUGCGAACGACGGCCAAUUACACGGUGCCCUCAGGGUCCUCGGUGAGCUGGUGGAGGAUUCAUUCAAUGAGAAUACCUUUUUUGGCGUGGCGCCGCAGAUGAUCAAGAUUUUGUACGAUGUGGCCACCAACGACCAGAGGAAGCCGACAUUGAGGGCGCUGGCCUGCAAGGUGUUCCACAGCUGCUUCGACAUACUCGAGAUGGUCAUGGAGGACCACAAGGCCAUGGUCAAGAACUUUGCAGAUGAGGUGCUCAAAGACUGGAUGCCCUUCUUCAUCAACGUCUUGAACACAAGGUUACCAGACCCGCCCUCAAUUGAGGAAGAAGAGCAGGAUACCCCCAAUGCUGCGCUGUACAAAGGGCAGAUUGCCUUGAAACUGCAGGUUGUCAAGGUCCUCAUGCGCAUACGGUCCGUCUUCCCCGCUAUCCUUUCGCCGCAAAGUAUUGUUCUCUUCCAAGCAUGCUGGCAGGAACUAUCAUUACUUGAACCGGCAUACUCUCUCAUGUACAUACAAGAAGACCGCCAGAGCAGGCUGGAAGAUGCCGAUGGGCUGCCAUACACACUGGAUUUCCUCAUCCUUGAAGAGUUGGACUUUAUGCAAGCCUGCCUUCGUGCACCGCCGGUUCGCACUCAGCUCGAGCAGGAACUCCAGAACCAGGCACCGGAAACGUCUUGGGUCACUCAGGUCAUGAAGCUGGCGGUCGCCUAUGCGCAAAUCACUACCGAGGAGGAGGGACUCUGGGACGUUGACGUGAACAUCUUCCUGAGUGAGGAGACCAGCGUUACCGCCAACUACACGCCCCGAACGGCUUGCGGAGACCUCGUUAUCAAGCUUGGCGAGUGGCUCACAGAACCCACCGUCAAUGGCUUGUUGACCUACACACGGGCGCUCUAUUCGGAGUCAAAGGGUUGGAAAGCGGAGGAAGCUGCGCUAUACGUCCUUAACCAACUGCUGAGCGACUUUCAGGAUGUCGAGAAGCAAAUCAGUCCAGAGGCUGCGACUGGCUACGUGGACUUCAUUCGCUAUGCAAUGCAGCAGCCCGACGCCUUCCUUCGAGCACGAGGUUACCUGGUCGCUGGAAGCCUGACGAGAACAUCUGGAGACACUCUGCAACAACUAGCCACGUCCUUUCUCGAAGCCAACCUGCAAGCCAUUCCGUCCGAUGACUCCGACGUUGUCCAGGUCUCUUGUAUCCGAGCCCUACAACAUUACCUCCAGGCACUCCCACACUCCAUUACUCAGCCUCUGCAAAACCCCAUCAUGGCAGCCAUCAGCAACUACCUCGCUGCACAAGAUAUGUCGGAGCUCAAUGAUGGCGACGAUAUUAUGAUCACGCUCGUCGAGACCCUUAGAGACGCUAUCCUUAUUGAUACUCGGAUAUGCAUUACGGACAACGGCCUUGAUACCCUCUUCAGAGUGGCCAGCCACCAAGCCUCCAAUUUCCAACUGACCAUGCUGGUGAUUGAGGCUUUUGAAGAAGUGACAGAAAGCAUUGCACACAUGGGCGGUGAUGCAUACAUCCAGCUUUGUACAAGGGUUCUUCCAUCCCUCACGGGCGCUUUCGAUGUCGGCAGCUUGACAGAGGAGAAUGCUCUAUGCAAUUUCGCUGCUGAUCUCCUGGCUGUGCUUGCUGAGCAUGGACCUGAGCCGCUUCCUGCUGGCUUUGUCGCCACAACCAUGCCCAAGCUCACCCGACUUCUGCUCGGGUCUACCGACGAGGAACUGCUCAAGUCUGCCACGACUGCGGUCAAGAACAUUAUCUCACAUGAUCACCACCAGCUGUUUGAGUGGCGAGAUGAUACUGGCAAGGCAGGUCUAGAGGUCACUCUUAUCAUUGUCUCCCGUCUGCUGUCAUCGUGCAGUGACCACGCUGCUGGUGAGGUCGGUGCCCUCGCUGCUGAGGUGGUAGAAAAGGCUGGCCAUGAGCGGCUUGGUCCGUACCUGGAGCAGCUCUUGCGCAGUGUUGCAGUCCGUCUCGCGCAGGCUAAGCAAGCCAACUUUAUCCAAAGCCUGACGCUUGUUUUUGCGCGUCUGAGUUUGAACCAUGCUUCUGAAGUAGUUGAGUUUUUGGCUAGUCAAGAUAUCGAGGGCGAAAAUGGGUUGCAAGUCGUGCUUGCGAAGUGGCUCGAGAACUCGAUCAAUUUCGCUGGCUACGACGAAAUCCGACAAAAUGUCAUUGCUCUUUCGAAACUGUACGAUUUGAAAGAUUCGCGGGUUGCACAGGUUCAAGUGCAGGGCGACUUGAUACCGACUAAUGAUGGCCGCAUCAUGACGAGGAGUCGCGCAAAAGCCAAUCCUGACAAGUAUACCAUAGUACCCGCCCCGCUCAAAAUCCUCAAGGUCCUUAUAGUCGAGCUUCAAUCUGCCUCUGGUGCACCUCUUGAUGCAGCUGCAGCCGCCGAGCUUGCAGAUGAGGCUUCAGACGAUGGCGAUUGGGAGGACGAGCCCAACCCAUUCGUUGAUCUUGGCAGCGGCUUCACCAAAGAGCAACUCAUGGCAUUUGCAGCGGAAGAGCCGGGAGGCAGCGGCCGUCAACGUGACGACGAGACGCAGAACUUCCUUGUGGAUUUCUUCAAGCGUGCCGCUACUACGCCGGGCUUUGCAGAUGAAUUCAACCAGCUCACAGAGGAAGAACGACAACGGUUACGCGAUUGUGCUGCGUGAAAAAGAAAAUUAUCGACUAGCAAGAAUCUCGUUGGGCGAGUGUCAUGAUGAUGGGUUGGGCUGAAGAGAUAAGAAGAAGAGAGAAAAAAUGAGUGGACGGGGGGCAAAAGGGGAGGGAGAGAGGGUUAAUCAU